AUGUUCAAAUCCAUGUCCGCAGCACGCUUCGCUCCUCUCUUGAGAACCCGGGUGGCGACACAGACCACACCUAGCUUCCAAGCAAUUCGCUGCAUCUCAGCUACAGCCCCAUGCAACAAGGGACCUAUUGAUUUGACAAAGGAGACACUAAAGAAGGUCGAUCGGACCGUUGCUGAUGCAGCAGUCAAGGGCAUUAAUACGGGUGAGAAAGUCACCCACAAGGUUAAAGAUGUCGUUGGCUCAGUGAAGGAAAAGGGAGGAGAGGUCAAGGGCGAGGCGGCCGAAUAUACAGGCAAGAGCAAGGGCAAGGCAGCAGAAGCACUAGGUGAAGCUAAGGGUGCCGUUGGCCAAGCAAAGGGAAAGGGUGAAGAGUUGAAGGGCGAGGCGGCCGGGUAUGCGGACAAGGGCAAGAUCAAGGCAGAAGAAGCAUUGAACGAAGCCAAUGAAAAGACAAAAUACUAG